AAACCAGAACCAGUCAGUAAGCCAGUAACUGAUCAGUUAACUAGAUUGUAUAGUUCAAAUUGAACUUAAUCUAGUUUUUAAACGUUUGAAUGUUGUCUAACUUCGUUAUAUAUUAUAUUCUUUUCUAUAAUUUUCCAGAGUCAAUAGUCACUUAUAGUCAACCAAAUAAAUUUAUUUGGAAAGCAUUUUAAUUUGUAAUUAUUUUAUUAUGAAUGAAAUAAAAUUGUUUCUAACCAUUUCGAUUAACAUUUAAAAAGUCGUGUUUUAUAACCUUUUUAACUUAAUAAGAAAUAUAUAAAAACUAUAUAUAAUUAAAUAUAUAUCCCAUAUUUGAUAUUAAUUAAAUGAUUUAUUAAUGUCAUUAUGGAUAAUUCAACAACUAAGUUGCGAAUACUUGCAAUUCAUGGAUAUGCUCAAUCAGAUGUUAUUUUUAAAACAAAAUUGGGCUCUUUAAGAAAAGGAUUUAAAAAAGAGGUUGAUUUUACAUUUUUAAGAGCCCCACAUAAAGUUCCAAUGAGAAGUAACUUUAAUAUCGAUACAGAAGAAGAUGCAUAUGGAUGGUGGUUCAAUACGAAAGAUCACAUAUUUAAAGCAGUUGUUCCAAGCAAUUUAGCUGUAGGUUUUGAAGAAAGUAUAGUUGUAAUAGAAGAGGCAUUUAAAAAAUUUGGCCCUUUUGAUGGCAUUUUAGGCUUUUCACAAGGUGCAGCAUUUGCUACUCUACUUUGUUUUAUGCAACAAAAGAAUUUGUUGCAGAUAAAGUUUGAGUUUGCAAUUAUUAUAUCUGGAUUCAAAUCAUUAUGUAUACCUCAUGGAAUAUAUUAUGAUGGAAAAAUAAGCAUACCUUCUUUACAUAUUUAUGGGAAGACUGAUCAAGUUAUACCAACAGAAAUGGCAGAGGAGGUUAGUGAAAUGUUUAUAAAUAAGACAAAUAUAACACAUGAAGGUGGUCAUUAUAUACCAAGUAAAAAAGAAUAUUAUAAAGAAUUUAUUAUGGAAAUGUUCUUAAAUAAAAACAAAAAUAAUUAGUAAUGUUUACAUAUUCUACAUUACGUGAAUAUAUA